AUGGAUCUUGUUUCACAGAUAAUGGAGAAAUCUACAUUGAAUUCAAAAUAUUUCGCACCUCUUCUUCAACAAGGAUCAUUAAAAUGCGAAUCUAAUAAACUUUAUUAUGGUGUUCGUAAAUGCGAAAUUAGUAUUGAUACAUAUGAUGAUGCAAUUUCAAUUUUACAAAGUUAUAAAAAGUUUUUUAAACUUAAGUCUUCAGGCAAUUUAGCAGAUUUCUUUAAAAAAUACAGUGAAGAACAUGGAACUGACUCGAGUGAAGUUAUUCAGUUGAAAGAAGAGAUAGAAGAUUUAAAAUCAAAACUCACUUUAUUGGAGAAAUCAAACAAUCAUUACAAAACAGCAAUCACUGAUUAUAAAGAAGCAAUCGAUAAAUAUAAAGAAGCACUAAAUCAAUCAACAGCUGCAUCAGAUCAUUAUAAAGCUGCAAUGGAACAGUAUAAAAGUGUAGGAGAAACGUACAAAAGUGCAGCUGACAGCUAUCAAAGCACUGUGGAGCUAUAUCAAAAAGCGAUAUCUGAACUUAAGGAAGAAAAUGCCCGGUUAAAGAGGAAAAUCAACUCGAAUGAAUGA